AUGACUAGCGCCCACUCCCAUGUAACUAAUGAAAAAACCUCUCUGUCUGACACCGAGCUGAAGUUGCCCAGACAGAUUUUCAAGCGCCGCAUCCAACACGAAUGGGCGGAGAGAAAGGUUCUGAUGAUCUCACGGUUGUUGCUAUAUGUGGCUUCUUUAAGUUUACUCAUUUACAGCGCGGCUGUGGAUAAUUUUGCGAUGAUGCUACCAUCUUACUUUGGCAUCGCCCUGUUCGUUUUUGCUGGUAUCUUCUUCAGCCCCUACAGAGCAUUAACCGUUCACGACAAGAUGCUCUUCAUGGAAGAAGUUCUCGAGGUGAAUCCCAGACUGGAUAUGGAAAAAUGGGAUGUUGUUGCCGCUCAAAGCAAUCACGCCAUGUUCGCGGAAGGUUCGCGUAAGAAUCCUUACUUUUUUUUCGAUGGUGAGUCCUGCCACCAGCUUUUCCAAACAUUUGUGAACUCUUACGCUAAGGAAAUGAAGGUGGAUCAAGGACAAGAACCAAGAGGAAACAUCGUGGAACAAGCCGCUACUUACCAUUUGCAGAAGCUAACCGAGAAAUGGACUCAGAUGAGUAACAACCAGUGA